AUGGCAUUCGAGUCGGGCACUGCUUAUGCUGAAUCCGAUGCGGACGACGAGUACGAGCGCAGCGUUCACGACAGCUCGCCCGUCCUGGCCACCGAUUCCGAAGCCUCACCUACAGACUCGGAAGGGCUAUCUUCGAACGAACACACACCCACCACAUAUGGCGCUCAUAGCAGCGGGGACAGGUUGCCAGAGACUAUCAUAACGGAGUGGACUGCCGACGAGUGCGCUGACUUUGUCGGCAGCCUGGGCUUGCGACAGUACGGGGACCAAUUCUUAGUUGGUGAGGCACUGGUAGCAUUACAGCAUGACGACCUGAAGCAGAUGGGAGUUGCGAGUGUGGGCCAUCGACUUACGAUCUUGAAAAGUGUGUACGAUAUCAAGAUCAAGCAGGAUAUACCCUUGGAGAGCGAUCACUAUGUUCCUUUAUCGGCAGAUGCUGAGGCUCAAUAUGCGACGGCGACGCUUAAGGAUAUCAAGCAUUUAGUAGAACAAUUGCGGUUACGAGAUGAAAGAAUGAGCAUGGCCGAGAUGGAACUACGGAGGAUAACUCAAGAGUACACCCGGCUAAGAGAAGACUUGCUACCUGUAUUUCGAAUGGCAAAAGAAGGACAACCGCUUCCCUAUCCAUCGACGGAAUCGAAUAGCCAAAACUCAUACAACUACGAUACCUCGAAUGCAAUUUCGCCGCCUGCACCUACCUCUUCAUCAAACCAAUCGGGGGGCUUGUCCAGAAAGGUUUCGACGAAAAUGUAUUUUGAGCCACCGAAAAAUGCUUCUCCGACUUAUAAUUUCGCAUCCGGCCAAGAGAGGUCUUUAAUGGAACAAACGCUGGAUCCAGCCAAUGCCGCAGAACGAGCUGUUGCGUCGUCUUCGUACCUAGCAGCAUCUCAGCCUUCUUUAUCUCCCGGACAUCCAUCACCAAACCAACCGUCACCCACAUCACCACCAACCCUCGGCGGCUCUACCCUUGCAUCUCGAUCUUAUCGCUCAGACCUAGCCACUCCUGCUCGUAGUACUUUCCCAAGCGACGAGCAAUACCAACCCUCCACAUACUCCCGUGACAGCACAAAACCUGCGCCUUCACGGCGAGCCCCAACUCCCGCGCUCGACACACCCUCUGGUGGACGCGAUGCCUCCGUGGAGAUUUUCAAAUCUUUCCGCGUCAGUAUGGAAGAUCCUUGCUACAAGGUCCUCCCUGCCGCUCUUAAAAAAUACAAUAUCAACGCUCCCUGGGAACAAUACGCAUUAUAUAUCGUAUAUGGCGACAAAGAACGAUGUCUGGGCAUGGAAGAAAAGCCUCUUAUCCUAUUCAAACAACUAGAUAAAGAGGGCAAGAAGCCCAUGUUCAUGUUGCGAAAAUUAGCUGCGGGUAUGGAACAGCAGAUACCUGAUGGUCCCGGGAGCGCAGGGUUGGAUAGGAAUACUGGGCGUUCGCACCCGAAUCAAUCUUAUGAUCCACCUGGCGGCAUCAUAUGA